AUGCUUUCGGAUGAUACAGUCAGGAUGCCAUCUCGAGUGAAGAGUAAUUGUCUCAUCCGCACGGGUUCAUUACAGUCCGCGAAGGCGGCGGACUUUGGUUUCAAGACGGCUAUAUGGUUCGUUGAACUCAAUAUCCUCGGCAACUUCAACCACGAAAAUGAUCAAGGGUCAAAGCCUUACAAUCGUCUUAGAGCUGAAGUUGCUAGUCGGGAGAGACAGGAUUUGAGGGCGGCAUAUCAGCCACUGUGGCUGUCAGCCACAAUGUUGACCAGAAAGACAAAUCGUCAAUCCGGCGAAAGCGGCGAAAGCGGCGCCCGUGUGCCUAGGAUCAAUACCCGCCAUCUCUUCGAGGACAUCUCAUCAGCUACCUUACACCUAUUGAAUCGCGCCUCCAAUCACAUAUGUACCCAUGAUUGA